UAUCUAUCAGUAAUAAACAAGUUGUUCUCUUCCUCCACUCAAAUCAAAUUUAGAAAACCCUAAUUCCCCCCUCCCUCUUUCUCUCUCUCCCUUUUUUCACAGUGUGCAAGAUUUGAAUAGGGAAGCUGAUUCAUUCUCGGAUCGUUGCUGGAGCUCCGAGCUGUCUAAUCGGUGGUAGAUGGCGGAGACCGAUGACCGGCGCGGCGACGAUCAGAGUGAGACGAGCGACUAUACAUCGGAGGACGAAGGGACUGAGGACUACAGGCGGGGAGGCUAUCACGCUGUCCGAAUCGGAGAUACAUUUAAGCACGGACGCUACAUAGUUCAGAGCAAGCUCGGUUGGGGCCAUUUCUCCACUGUAUGGCUAGCUUGGGACACUCAAAAAUCCAAAUAUGUGGCCUUGAAAGUGCAAAAGAGUGCCCAACAUUAUACUGAAGCAGCAAUGGAUGAAAUUACAAUACUAAAGCAGAUUGCUGAAGGAGACUCAGAUGACAAAAAGUGUGUUGUGAAGUUAUUGGAUAACUUUAAGCAUUCAGGACCUAAUGGACAGCACGUUUGCAUGGUUUUUGAGUACUUGGGUGAUAAUCUUUUGACCCUUAUUAAGUAUUCAGACUAUCGAGGGGUUCCUCUUCACAAGGUUAAAGAAAUUUGUGUUCACAUUUUAGUUGGCCUGGAUUAUCUGCAUCGCCAGCUCUCAAUCAUACACACGGACUUGAAGCCAGAAAAUAUUUUACUUCUAUCGAUGAUUGAUCCAGCCAAAGAUCCAAAGAAGUCCGGUGCACCUCUCAUUCUGCCAUCCAGCAAAACCAAGAUUGUCUCAGAGACUGGGUCUUCGAAGGACGCCAAGAGUUCGAAUGGUGAUCUGACCAAGAACCAGAAGAAGAAAAUUCGGAGAAAGGCUAAGAGAGCAGCUCAAAGAUGUGCAGGGAAAGAAGUUUCUGAGGAAACUGAGCCAGAUAAUGAAGUAUGUACUCCUGAAGAUUCUAAUCAUGAUGAAAAGCCAGAUGGAGACUCAGUUGAUGAUCAAACUGAGUCUAAAGUCCAAGAAGAUGUAUCAAACAAACCCAGUGAAGCCAUAGAUGGGCACCAAGAAAUUCAAAGACAUAAACGAGGUAGCCGUUCAACAAGAAAAAAACUUUUAGCUGAAGUGGACCUCAAGUGCAAAUUGGUUGAUUUUGGGAAUGCAUGUUGGACUUAUAAACAGUUUACAAGCGAUAUUCAAACUAGGCAAUAUAGAUGUCCAGAGGUUAUCCUGGGCUCCAAGUAUUCAACACCUGCAGAUCUUUGGUCCUUAGCUUGCAUUUGCUUUGAGUUGGCAACAGGAGAUGUUCUUUUUGAUCCUCAUAGUGGUGACAACUAUGACAGGGAUGAGGAUCACUUGGCCUUAAUGAUGGAGCUCUUGGGGAUGAUGCCACGCAAGAUUGCCUUAGGGGGGCGCUAUUCACGGGAAUUCUUCAACAGAUAUGGAGACUUGAGGCAUAUCAGACGGUUGCGGUUCUGGCCUCUAAACAAAGUGCUAAUGGAAAAAUAUGAGUUCAGUGAGCAAGAUGCAAGCGAGAUGGCAGAUUUCCUCGUGCCCAUACUUGAUUUUGUGCCGGAGAAAAGACCUACAGCAGCGCAGUGUCUUACUCAUCCAUGGAUAAUGGGAGGUCCACAAAAUCUUGUGCCCUCUGCAAUUAAUAAUUCACCUCCACAUGGACCAGAAAAUGGUAAAUGUAUUGAGAAAGAUGAGAGAGAGACGAUGGAAGCCAGAGUGGGGAAUAUAGCCAUUGAUGGAACCCCAAAGUCUGGGAAGGCUUCUCAAUCUACAGUAAACACAACAAAGCAAACAUAGCAACUUAUGCCUUCAAUCUAUCCAUCUUUUUUUGGCCAAUCAAUGAGGUUUCUUUCAUUUUCUUCAUCCGAGAAAUGUUUGCCGCCUCGCUUCAUUCUUUUGAAACGCGAACUGCUAUAAUUUAUUAUUUUUUUCAACUUGUAAUCUGUACAUUUAAGAUUCAAGUGUUUGUGUGUACACCACAUAGACGCACGAUUGGAGAGUUUAUGCUUUAAACUUGCAAUGCCAAUAGCUUUAUUGAAGUAGACGGUUGCCUUCAUA